ACAGUUUGAGCUUUUUCAUACAAGUAGCUGCGUCUAUGGCUUCGGUCAAGAGUGGAGACCAUAUCUUCUCUUCAGUAUGACUGGAUGAUGUAAUGAGAUGGUGUGUGUGUGGUCUCUAACCGGGCCUUCAUCCAUUCCUCUUCCCACCGCAGGUGACAGCCCCUAGCUUCCAGUCUUCCCCACUCUGAGUGCUCCCCUCAACUCAGAGACUAAAUGCAACUGGACCAGGGGGCUUGUGGGUAUGAAGUGGCUGGGCCAAUCCAAGAGCAUGGUGUUGAAUGGCAGCAGGUACUCCACCAGUGAGCAGCAGCCCGUGAGCCAGAGCCAGACCCGCUCCCAGCAGCAGCUACACCCACAGAGGAGCUCUCUCCGACCAGGGACUGGCAGCAGGAGAUGUAGCCGCCGGUUCAGUGCGGCCAGCCUGGAGGCUGAGCGACGUUGUAUCCCGUCCUCUGGGAUGACCGCCAAGGAGCUGUGUGAGCACGAUGACCUCACCACCAGCCUCAUCCUCGACCCUUACCUGGGCUUCCAGACACACAAGAUGAACACCAGGUUUCGACCAAUCAAGGGAAGACAGGAAGAGCUGAAGGAGAUUAUUGAGCGGUUCAAGAAGCAUGACAACCUGGAGAAGGCUUUCAGAGCACUCACCUCUGGAGACUGGUCCAGACACCACUUCCUACACAAGUCUAAAGCCCAGGAGAAGCUCUUCAAACAGCAUGUAUUUGUGUAUCUCCGGAUGUUUGCGACUGACAGUGGGUUUGAGAUUCUCCCGUGUAACCGCUACUCCUCAGAGCAGAACGGAGCCAAGAUCGUGGCAACAAAGGAAUGGAAAAGGAACGAUAAGAUAGAGUACUUGGUGGGCUGCAUCGCCGAGCUGUCGGAGAGCGAGGAGAACAUGUUGCUGCGUCACGGGGAGAAUGACUUCAGUGUCAUGUACUCAACACGCAAGAACUGUGCUCAGCUGUGGCUGGGGCCUGCAGCCUUCAUCAACCACGAUUGCCGGCCAAAUUGCAAGGUGAGUGACGAAUCCCAGGGCUCAAUACAAUAGGCUGCUACCCUUGGUGAGAGUGAUGAAGCCCAGGGCUCAAUACAAUAGGCUGCUACCCUUGGUGAGAGUGAUGAAGCCCAGGGCUCAAUACAAUAGGCUGCUACCCUUGGUGAGAGUGAUGAAGCCCAGGGCUCAAUACAAUAGGCUGCUACCCUUGGUGAGAGUGAUGAAGCCCAGGGCUCAAUACAAUAGGCUGCUACCCUUGGUGAGAGUGA